GCGAGCGAGCCGCUGGUUCUUCAGCGACAGCGUAUCUCGGGUUGCCGGUGUGCGCGUAUUGUGCGCGUCGAAUUCUCGCGUCGGUCGCAGCGCAGCGAUCCGAAGGCCUCCGGUUGACCAGAGAGACCUUAAUGCCCGCGUACGCAGCGAGACUCCUCAUCCUUUCCGGCGUUGCAUCGUCUAUUUGUGUGGUCCUUGCUUGGAAAUAGAGACGCGAGAGCUUGGGACUUUAACGCUGGGAAAGGCGAUGCCGUUUUGGUUAUGAAAUUGAAUUUUCGCGGGCUUCAAGCGCGCAGUUAAAUAGCCGGUGAUUUCCCGCCACUGUGGCGCGCGCGAUUUUUUUUUUGAAUAUUUGAUUGGUGUUGGUGUCGCACGUGUUUCGUUAUUAUAAACCCUGCAGCAGCGAUGAUUAUCGCGGUGUUUUAUCGUUCGUCGUUCGGUGAUUAGUGCGGUUAGAUGUCCCGGUUACGUGGCUUUAUGCACUGAUCAACUGAUUAGUUACUUUCAACAGUGUGUGUGCAACGAGUACCUUCCGUCACACGUGAUUGGGGAUUUAUGCAGUGCCUGAUCGAGCUCUGCAAUCGUGCGAGUUUAAUGGAUGUGUUUAAAACUUUUGAGUGCAAAGUUAAUCACGAGCCGUAACUUGCGUGAUGGCUAAUUUUGGAGUUAUCGUUAUUUGAACCAACAACCUGUGAAACAAUGAAACACUUUUUUAAAAGUUUCACGAUAAUUGCAGACUGUCGGAUGUGGGGUGUCGAUGAAAAGGGUGUGAAAAGUGCAGUUUGACAACAUUCGUUAACAAAAUAGUAACAAUAAUAAUAAAAAUAAUGGUAGUGAAACAAGUAUUUCUGCAGAUUGACAUCUACUUGGAAAGCUGUAUGUAAGUUAUUAUUGUGAUUAGUCGUGUUGGUCGUCAGAAGUCUUUUCAUUUUCGUCGAUCUGUAACGGAGUUCAAGUUUCAUUGAUCGUGAAACAUUAAACUAUGUAACGCGAUGCAAGCAGGUGAAGGCCGUUAUGUCGCCGAAACUACCUGCCUGGAAAUACCGCAUGUGACGCAUAUCCGUAAACGGACAUAGAUAAAAAGUGUGGCAACGCAUAUCCGUCGCACAUGCUCCCUGCUCGUAAUUAUUUUACGGCGAGAGAUCCCUGGCUAAGGAUUACCAGCUUAAACGUCAGGGAAAACGCCGUCGUCGCGAAGGAAGCGCGACAUGGACGACGUUGUAGUUGCCGGUAGCAGUUCCAGCGCGAACGCCGUCAGCCAAGGCACAAGCGAGAUGGAUUGGUGGACCGGGGUAGCGGAAGAGGAACUCCUCUACUACACGGGUGCAGCAAACGACAUGGAUUCUCUCUGGGCGGCUAUUGGCACCUUCGUACCCCCGCCCCCUCGGCCCCCAUAUCUUCCUGAUGAAGGGAUAAGCACCGACGGCCUCACUACCUGCGAUCUCUGCUCUUGGGCAUGGAGGCACGACAGGCACGCUUUCUCCUUGGACGGCACCCUGGAAGCGCCAGGCGAGCUAGGAUGGGUCCUGACACUGGUAAUCGUCUCGUUGAUAUCAGCAGGUAUCGGUGCUGUGGUGAUGGUCACACUCCUGCACUGUCGAAGAAUGAAGAGUGCAUCAGGCAGAGGAAGCUGCUGUGGUACCAGCGUCGAAGAUCCUACUGCUCAAGAGUCCGGUCCACCCGGGGGUGGCGGAGGCGUUGGUGGAGCCGGUGGGGGUCCGGGGGGUGGUGGGGUUGCGGUUAUUCCUGACCGGCCACCCCUUGAGCUGGACAAGUUGCCACCAUAUCACGACGUCACUCCUAGUCCUGGGCACAACGUGUGGUCCUGGCUGGGAUCGAGGCGAGGCGGUGGUGCACCAGGUGGCGUCGCGACGCCACUCUCUCUGCCUCAGCACAGGCGAGCGAUGAAUCUACCGGUGGAAAACCAUUACACACACAUGCAGAUGGACGAGGCUCUAUAUGCUGAAUUGGAUUCCCAAGCGGCGAGCUACGCGAGCGAUCUUCAGCUCCAGAUGCGAGGUAGCUCCACCUACGGGACUACCUCCGCUGGCCACGACGACGAGUAUCACGAACUUGAUGCCGCGAGGCUACACCGACACUACGGAGCUAGUGGAGACGGGAGUGACAGAUCGCCUCGGAGAGACGGACACAGAACGAGACACAGUCAGAGGUUACAGGAGCCAGAUUACGAGAUGUACGAAAAUGGCCCCGCGACGCCGAUGUCGCCGAGUCAGCUGCAGCACCAGAGUGCCAGGGCGCCUGAUCAUCCGUCGUAUCAGAACACCGCCUACACCGGAAGUGACGCUGAACCUGACGGACCGACGCUCAGCAGCGCGCCAAGCAGCGCCUACUAUAGCGAUCUUAGCUCAAAUUCGGCGAACCAAAACAUUCCCGCCGUCGCAACGACGACGAAUAUUCAUAUCGGUCAGCAGCAGGGGCUCGAAGCUGCUCCGACGUACAGACUGGCCGCCAUUAACGAGACGACAGUGCCAUCCGACUACAUAUAAAGGAAGAGUGAAAACAAAGACUCGACGCAAA